UCACACAAACCCUCCCCAUCGSUCUGUUACUGACCGCGGGAGCGCGCAGUGGACCGCUCGUCCUCUCAAUCACUUUGCGAGAGGAAAACAGCCUCCGGAACGCACCGCAUCGUCCUACAGAGAGAAAAAUGUUUCCUCCACCGCCCACCUUCACCGUUMUCACCGUGGAGAAAAGUCCCAUGAAAGGAUUUACUAUGGAAGACGGUAGUUGUUCUGCCCACUAAUCUGUGUUAUAAAGAGGAUAUAAUCCAAGGUGCCCUGCUAGGAUAAACUGCGAGGAUUGGGAAUUAAUAUCGGACAGUUGGUGAAAAUGGCGUCAUGGCGGCUGGUCAGUCUCCUGGCGGUGUGGACUGUUGUGUUGGGUCUGGCYCAGUGUUGCCCAGARCCCUGUAGCUGUCUGGAUAAAUACGCCCACCAGUUCGCUGACUGUGCCUACAAAGACCUGCUGCUGGUGCCCGUAGGCCUCCCAUUUAACGUCACCACCCUCUCUCUCUCCGCCAACAAGAUCAAACUCCUGAAGGCCAAGAGCUUUAGUAACGUCACCCAGGUGACCUCCCUAUGGCUGGCCCACAACGAAAUUGUGACCAUGGAGAGGGACACUCUGGCCCCGCUGAUCCAGCUGCGAAACCUGGAUCUCAGCUACAACAAGAUCAUCAGCUUCCCCUGGGAGGACCUGGCCAACCUCACCGCUCUUCAGCUGCUCAAGAUGAACAACAACGAGAUGAUCAACCUCCCUAAAGAUGCCUUCUCCACUCUCAAAGACCUGAGGUCCCUGAGGAUCAACAACAACAGGUUCACKACCAUCGUCCAGGGGACCUUCACCUCUCUGAGCUCCAUGUCUCACCUUCAGAUCUACAACAACCCCUUCACCUGCUCCUGCAGUCUGGAGUGGCUGAGAGACUGGAUCACGGAGUCUAAGAUCUCUGUCCCAGAGCAGGACUCUAUCGUCUGCGAGGCCCCAGARCAUCUGCAAGGGGCCCUGGUGACCAAGAUGCCCAAACUGGACUGCAAGGCCCCGACGGUGUCCAUCACCUACCAGCCAAACCUGGACAACACUGAGCUAUACGAAGGGUUUAUGGUGAUCCUCAAUUGUGAGACCAAGGGCAACCCCAAACCAGAGGUCAGCUGGGAGGUAGUGAACGCAGGGAACCAGAAGUUCACAUUCAGUUUGCCCUCUGAGGUUAGCGAGAAAAGCGACUCACCAAUCAACGAUAAAACUACCAACGGCCGGUUCYUGGUCUUCCAGAACGGCACUCUGAUCAUCCCCCRUAUGAGCAAGARGGAGGAUGGGAACUACAGCUGCUCAGCUGUCAACGACCUCGGUAAAGCAGACAGCACAGCGAAGGUAGUAGUGGCGGGCACCAAGAAACAAGCCACUAACUCCAUGCUGGACACCACAGUAGAUAAGAUCCUCCGUCCGUCYGGUGGAAACAAGCCGGGGCCUAAGAUGACCAACAACGUCAUCAACUGGCCCAAGUCCGACUCUGAGAAGACCAAGAACGUCCCAACUGGGUCGUCUGUUAAACACGCCGAUGGCUCAGUGCAGGCUGGCGAGGGCUCAGAGGAGCUGCCGUUUACCAGUAAGUGUGGCGUCAGCGAUGGCACACAGUACAUCUCCAACCACGCAUUCAACCUCAGUCUGGACCAGCUGAAGCAGUACACCUUUGAUUUCGGCGUCAUCGCGUUGGAAGUGUCCGAGACCGAGGCCAAAGUGCAGCUCAACCCUCUGCAGCUCCCUAACAGUAAGAACAACCUUCACCUCAGCCACAACGAGAACCUAGAGACCGUCAACAAAGAGCCGUUCAGCCUCUAUCAAGCCUCAACCAAAACCCCUCUGGACAUGCUCUAUCUGUGUUUUAACAMUGGUAAUGGACACUCUGUGGUGCAGUGGUCCCGGAUAGAGGAAGGGAUCAACRCCUAUAAGUUCCAGGGCCUACAMCCAGGCACKAACUACACCCUGUGUCUGACCUACGGAGGGCAGGACUGUCAGGUCCAGGUAGUCUUCACAACCAGGAAGAAGAUUCCUUCUCUGUUAAUCAUAGUGGUGGUUAGUACCUUCCUGUUGGUGCUGGCUACAAUCCCUCUGCUGGGAGCCACCUGCUGUCAUCUCUUAUACAAGUACCAGGGAAAGACUUAUAAACUCAUCAUGAAGGCGGCGCAGAAGAACCCAGAUCCAAUGGAGAAACAAAUGGUCGGAGGUGAUUUCGACCCCCGGGCGUCCUUUGUCGAGUUGGAAAAGAAUUUCAACCCGAGUGAAAUGGAAGACGGAGAGGACGGAGAGGACGGAGAGGACGCCGACGGGGAGGAGGUGGAGGGGAGCAUCGUUACCGAGUCCAUUCCAGGUUCUACGUCUAAAUUCGAGGUGGGCUCUGAGUACAGCGAUAGAUUACCGUUGGGGGCGGAGGCGGUGAAUAUCUCUGAAGACGGAAACGGUAAUUACAAAGAGCCGAGUCGCUGAGCAGAGCUGUGUGAUGCUACUGGGGGGGAGGGGAGGGGGGGUAAAAUAGUUACUGUCAACUACAUUUUAAACCAAGUAACUCACCUAUCAUUAUUUCACGUAAAUAUGAUAGCCCUGAUGAAGGUGGAUAGCUCAUUUUACCUCAGAACGUAAGCGAUCAGUUAUAACCCAAAUAAGAGACUGUCAAAAUGAACAGUUGUGCAGUAAAACUAAUGGUAUUGUAUAUAUAAAACGUACAACGUUCCUGUUACAGUAACAACACUGCAAGCACAGUUUUUCUACAGUUAAAACAGACCUCUGCUAACUGCUAAACAGCAUACGUUAUUGAGAUGUCCCCUUCAUGCAGGGCGUAGGCUAGCCGAAAGAGUGGUGCGCUUUACGCGAGCGUCAGUUUCGACAGGUUGUGGUGCUGAACAACGCGUCCGCCUCGUUGCGUACACGCACCGUUAUUUUAAUUGUUCUGUGAGAUUAUCAAAAAGAGAGGGGGAAAAAAACACUUUAUGUUGUCAAGGCAUGUGCUUGUGUCUGGGCUCAAACCCAGGUCACUAUCAACUGAUGUUGUUUAAUGUACUGUGGGGCUCUUCGAGAUAUGUGUGACUUUAAAAAAACAACGGGUAAAUCCACGGCAUGUCACACAGACGACGURUUUUCUUCAUGUGUGGUUUUAAUUAGCGUAGACUAUAGGACUUUAGAUAUUCUCAGUGUCGAUAUGUGAUGUAAAAAAAAAAACAGUAAAAUUGAACGAUUCUCUUUUUUUAUUAAAGUAUAGCUAAAUGAACCCGUCUACAGUAUCAUUAACUGAGGCGUCAAGGAGCGUCUCGUUGCUGUGAGUGUCCUGUCGUUUUAUGCAUAGUGAGUUUUUUGGUGAGCUAUACUGUUCGGACGAUGUUGUACAAAUAUGCCUCGAUCUUUCAAGAUUUUUGAUAUGAUUUUAUGUACGUGAAAUUAAUAAAAUAUCCCAAAACAAUU